AUGAGCACCGACCCCGAGACUCCCGAUGCGCCUGACGGACUCGACCACCAUGACGAAGAAAGCGAAGCUGACGAUGAAGCUGUCAAUGACGCUAGCAUGCACGAUGCGGAAGAGGAUGAAGGUGCCGCUGAGGGCGAAGGUGAAGCUGAUGCCGAGACUGAACGAACACUGCCAAAUGGCAAACCUUACACCGUGUCCGAUGAACCUCCAGACUACAGCGUGUUCAACAACCCACCCAAUCUCGCCGAAAUGCGCGAGAGGCUUUUCUCCCUCGAAGACCCCGUAAAGCUGCCGGUCGCGGACUGGCAAAGUUACUUUCCUUUUGUCGACAACGUCUGGCGCAAGAUGAGAAGUACGGAAUCCCAGCCGGAGGACGUUGCUGCCACGGUCGACUAUUAUGCCUGCAGACUUCGUCGCGGAGCCGUCCCCAAGCCUCACACGCCCCGUCCAACCCCAGAGGGUAAACAACAGAGAAAGAAAAGAGCUCGGGAGGAAAAGACAUGUGCCAUGACUAUGAAGGUGGUCUACAAUCACGGUCCAAUAGAGACCUGCACCAUUUCCAAGGCUACCGAUGGUGUGAUGAGACAUUCACAUGACCUGGACUACGUCGAUAGUACCAAGCGAAACACCGGGAUCAUGGACACAGCUCGCCGUGAGGCUGCCAAAGCUUAUCUGCCGGCUUCGAUAUUUUGGAAGAUGUGGACGGAGCCUGAAAAGAUGCAUGCUGCAGGUGGAAAGUUUAUGAAAAUGUCAGAUGUCCGAAAUGUUCAAUAUGCCUGGCGCCAGGGACAUCAGCAGGUUGUUCUGAAAGCACACAAGGGCUUCAAUCAACAACGCGCACCACGACAGCCGCCAGCAGCACCUCCGCCUCCGCCAAAGCCUCAAUUCCAACCCUCCAUGCAGCCUGGCGUUUUUGGCCGACUGGAACCCGUAAAAGGAGAUGCACGAAACGAGCCCGCAACAACUAUUCAUUGGGACACAUUACAGUACCCCCAUCAUGCUAGAGGUUUCUUAGAACCAUAUGUGCCCGAUCCCAAACUUACGGCGGUUCGGAAUCGUCCCCACAUCACUCUGACCUGGGCAAGCAGCCUUGACGGCCGCAUCAGUCAAGUGCCCGGAGUUCCUACCGCCGUAUCUGGUCCAGAGACAAAGGCCAUGACACACUAUUUGCGAAGUCGACACGAUGCCGUCUUGAUUGGUGUUAGAACAGCCAUGGCGGACGAUCCUGCGCUGAACUGUCGACUUGCCAACCCGGGCGGAUAUGGUGGGCUGGCUUGGGAGUUCCAACCACGGCCGAUCAUCAUUGAUCCUCAUGCACGCCUGCGAAUUCUGCCAGACAUGAAGGUACUCAAAACAGCUGCCGAGGGUCGGGGCAAGGCGCCUUGGGUGGUGGUUGCUCCCGGCGCAAUGCUACAUCCCUUUGCUGUGAGCACGCUGAAAGAGCAUGGUGGAGAAUACCUGAUGAUCAAUGACUACCAUCCAGUUCCGGGGCAACAAGCAGGUCUAAACUGGGAAGGCAUUUUCCAUGUGCUCUUUCGAGAGGGUAUAAAGAGCGUCAUGGUUGAAGGCGGUGGGAUCGUGCUUUCAGAGCUAUUGGAAAUGCGUCGCUCCCAUCUGAUCGAUUCUAUCAUUCUCACGAUUGCUCCCACAUUUUUUGGCAGUGCAGGGGUGAUGGUCUCUCCAGGUACUGCAGUUGACCAUAGCGGACGACCCAUCGCUACGAGGUUGAGAAAUGUCAGGUGGCAACCAAUGGGAGACGCCGACGUGGUUAUGUGUGGCCAUAUGACUGUCGACCAGCCGCCACUUACAAACGGUAUGCUCUCUGGGAUCGAGGAAUACUCGCGGACAGCGCCAGGCAUUCCAAAUCAGCAACAGCAGCUGCAGCAGCCUCGACCCCAACCAUCAGGACAACAACCACCUCCCGCUCUGCUAGCACCUCCACAAACCUCCACUGUGCAGGGUGAAGCGCAUGUAUCCACGAAUGUUCCUGCUACAAGUCCUAAGCCAGUGGCACCCGCGCCUUCACCAGCAGCAGUACCUCCAGCGGCAUCUGCUCCCACAAAGCCGUAG